AUGAACACCUUUAAUGAAAAGACUACACAAACCAAAAGACUAAUAGGCGUAUUAAACUCAUUACUAAAUUCAGCUAUUGAAAGCACUCAGAUAAUAUUCAGUAACAAGGAAGAUGAGAAUAUCAACCCUAAUAACAAAGAAGAUACAAUAAACCAACAUUUUUCGGAUGUUUUUUUCGAGAAAAUAUUAAAAAAUGUCCUUAAAAACUACGACGAAACAUUAACAUCACCACUAUCUAAAAGGAUAAAAAAUAAAAGGCAACAACAAGAUUUGUCUUUAAAAAUAUUGGCAUCGGAUUUAUCAUUCCUUACAAGUAAAUUAAGUAAUUGGUUUGAGUUUCAAAAUUCUCUUACAAACCUAUUUAUUUGGAAGAAUCCUUCCAAAACAAUUAUCUUUCUAUUUGUAUUAACUGCAAUAUGCUUUCAUCCAAUCUUAAUACUUUUAAUACCAUUAAUGUAUUACAACAUUAAUAUUUUAAUACCUCGUUAUUGUUCUAUUAAAGAUCACAAUGAUUCAUUUAAAUCUACUAUUCUUGAUAAUGACGUGAAAGAUAUAAUAUUGAAAAGUGUUGAUAGUCAAAAUACUUCUAAUAGCGUAACGUUAUUACAAGGUGAGUUAUAUCAAGAAAACUCUUUCUUUGAUAAACUGUUUAAGUACUCAACAGCUGAUCGUGGUAUUGAUAAUAUUAACCAUAAGAUGCCUGCAGACAAUAAUAGAAAGGGAGUAGGAAAAGAAAAAGAGGAAAAGGAACAACAACAACAACAACAACAACAACAAACACAAGACCCAACAAUUUUUGAAGACAACGUGCAGCAAAGUAUGGAAUUCAUUAUAAAUUUACGUGACUUACAAAGCCUAUUAAAUGUAAUGGUGAAAAUGAUCGUUAAGACGGAAAACUUUUUAUAUAAAAAUGAGAGUUUAUUAAAUGAUAGAUAUUUCGCAAUUGUUAUUUCACAAACCAUACUGAUAGUUUGUCUAUUAUUUUGGUUCUUUUCCAAGUAUAUAAAUUGGCACUAUUUUUUCGCAAUUUUAUUUUGGUGGAUACUUCUUAAGAAUCAUCCGUAUAUCCUAGAGUGUAGGAAAAAGAGAGAAGAGAGCAAUAAUAGCCUUAACUUGGGUAACAAAAAGAGUGAUAAAAAGAAUAGCAAUAGUAUCUUUAGAAGAUGGGCAAAUUUUUAUAGAGGUUUAAAUCCAAUCACAAGGGAAAAAUUAGAAAUAUAUGAGGUUCAAUAUAAAGAUGUAAAUGGAGAAUGGUCUUUGUACAAGUAUUGUAAAUUGCCAUUUAACCCAUAUUUAACCAAAAAUGAGAAUAUCGCUCAAAUUUUCAAGAGUGCAAACGAAGAUGAGAUUGGUUCAACAAAUCUAAAUCUCGUAAUACCACCAAAUGGAUGGAUAUUCGAACCACAAAGUUCCUGGGAGGCUGAUUUGGAUCGUUUUGCAUGGUGUCUGGAACAGAACAUUGCAUUAACUGUUUUAGAAAAAAAUGAUACAGGAACAUUCGUUGGCAAUGACAAAUUUAGAAGCCAAAGAUUGACAAGAAAUAUAAUAUAUUCUCUAUGA